UUAGUGAAACAUUUAUUUUAGAAUCAACUUGUAUUUUUCAAGACUGAAACAACGAAAGGCAUUUCCUGAGGAACUGCAAGGAUGAGCAGCAUGAAAGGACAACAGUGGAGGACAUGUGGAACUUUAGUAGUGCUCCUUAUUUUUCAAGUUCAAAUUUUUGGUUUCAAUGUUGACAAUCAACCUGCAACUGAUGUCUGCUCAACACACACCAUUUUACCUGGACCAAAAGGGGAUGACGGUGAAAAAGGAGAUCAAGGAGAGGUUGGAAAACAUGGAAAAGUAGGCCCCAAAGGACCAAAAGGAAACAAAGGAGCAGUGGGGGAUAGUGGGGAUCAGGGAAUGAUUGGGAAAAUUGGCCCAAUCGGAGGAAAAGGUGACAGAGGAAUCAAAGGUUUAACUGGGGUGCCUGGAGGGAAGGGAAAAGCAGGCACAGUCUGUGAAUGUGGGAGAUAUCGCAAAGUUGUUGGACAACUGGAUAUUAAUGUUGCUCGACUCAAGACAGCCAUGAAAUUUGUCAAAAAUGUAAUAGCAGGAAUCAGGGAAACAGAUGAGAAAUUCUAUUACAUAGUCCAAGAAGAAAAGAGCUACAAGGAGGCCUUGACCCACUGCAGGAUCAGAGGAGGGAUGCUGGCAAUGCCGAAAGAUGAGGCAGCCAAUGCACUGAUUGCUGAUUACAUCUCCAAGAGCGGCCUCUUCCGCGUGUUCAUUGGGGUGAACGAUAUGGAAAAGGAAGGGCAGUUCAUGUAUGCAGACAACACUCCACUGCAGAAUUACAGCAACUGGAAGGAAGGGGAGCCGAAGAACACGUCUGUGCAUGAGGACUGCGUGGAAAUGCUCAGCACGGGAGAAUGGAAUGAUUCAGAGUGCCAUCUGGCUAUCUACUUUGUCUGUGAAUUCAAGAAGAGAAAAUAAAAUGCCAGAGUGCUUGCAGGGUAGCUUCUGGACCUGCUAUAAUUUCUCCUGAUUUAUCCAUUAGAGGUGAUGCUCUGGGCAGGGCUAGGAGGGAUAGGGCCUGAUGCUGCACUCACAUACACCAGUGUAAAGCAGGAGUAACUAUGUUUAAGUCAGUGGAGUUAUACUGGUGCACGUGGAGUCAGAAUCAGGCCUGCAGAGGGCUCCUAGCUUCCCAACUCAUGGGGAAUUUCAGUGAUUUUUAUUUGGGGUUUAAAGUUCUUGGGCUAAAUUUAGAACCAGCAUGAAUGAGUCUGACUCCAUUGCUGGAGUGACAGUAUGUGAAUAAUGGGGAAAGUAACUGGUGGAACAGCUUAUUGAAACGUUGCACAAACUCCACCGAGGGAGAAAGUGUGGCUUUUAGCCACACCAGCACUGCACUGGGGGUGGCGCACAACCACACUGCUCCACAGGCAGCACCAGCUGGUAGACUGCACCAGGGACGCACAAUAUUUUCUGCAGCUCCCUAGCUGUGUUAGGGAGUGGAGGAGUAGUGUGCAAUGUCCCUUUAAGAGCUGGGAAAAAUCUCCUGUACUGUCCCCGUGGUAGCUGGAUGGAUAUGCUGGCUGGUAUGGAGCAUCACUCCACCUGCUCCCCACCUCUCCCUGCCCAGUUGCUCUGAGGUAGGGGUUGCUGGGUCUGGGACUCCAGGGGGUGCUGGACCACUGCAUUGUUCAGCCUUUUUCUUUCCCUAGUAAUUGGCUGGCUGUGGUUUUGUUGGUUUGGUUUUUGGAUUGGGUUUUUUCCUCAGUUGCUUGGGGGAUGAGAGGUGAGCACCAAAAAUGUUUUCUGCCCUGGUCAGCUUACUGGCUAGGGCUGCUCCUGCUUGCAUGGGCAAGUGGUCAGCAAUGAAAGCAAAGGCUUUGCUAUCAGAUCCCAGCUAUUUAUUAUUCUACUUUGUCAUUUACCUAAGAGGCCAGAUUUUGAUACCCUUGCUGGUGCUUCCUCCCUGAGUACUCCUGGUGAAAUCAUUGGGGCGGCUCCAAGACCCUCUGUAGGAAAUACUCCAAGAUCAUUUGGAUAUCGGGCUUGAUUUUAACCAAGAUUUUAAAGAUGUGUAGGAUAUAACAUUUUAGAAAGUGAUUUAGGUGCUUAGGAGACUAAGGCUAUGUCAGUACUACUGCGGUAAGUCGACCUAGGCUAGGCAACUCCAGCUACGUGAAUAAUGUAGCUGGAGUCAAUGUACCUUAGGUCAAGUAACAUUUGGCAGUAACAUUUGUGUAUUUUUUUCCUUUAUAGAAAAAAAAAAGAGUUAAAUGUAAAAAUAUCCUACCUGUGCAUUCGUACAACAUUAUGGUUAACAUUAUGGUUAAGAUUUGGUUACUAACUUUUUAUUAAAGAUAACCAAAAUUUAAGGCAAUACAAUUAUUUUAUUAAUGUAUUAAAAGAAAGGUUGACAAGACAAAAAGUAGGUGAAAACAAUGGAGUUGAGACUCAGAGUAGUUUAGUUACAGUACAGUGGGAAUACCUAAAAUGUUUAUUCUGGUCCCAGAGAUAUUCACAAUUUCACAGAUAUUCCCUGAUUUUGGGAAAUAGAUAUUUAGGACAACCACUAGAUCUGCAAAUGUCUCUAGAACCAGAGUGAACUUGAAGUGCACCUACUGUAGAUUUUUACAUACACUGUCUUUAAUGUAUAUAUAGUAAAACUUAUACCCAUGAUCAUUUUAGCCUAUUUGGCCCAUCUUUCCUCAAACAGUUCAGCCAUUAAUCUCAUAUAGACAAUAAAUCCUUCCAUUUCCUUUAAUUCUUUUAUUCUGUUCAACUCAUGUUGACAGUUGGUAUUUGAUUUUGCAGCCAUAGUGAUGAAAUACAUUUCUUGGUCACAGUCAAAAGACUUCUAAACAGGUGCCUGUAUUUGUUUAAUUUCAAAUAAGAUCUUAAAGGUACACAAGUCAGAAAACCCAGCCAUUAUAACAAUCACAUGACAUGUACUAAGACAACUAACAACACUAUGUUCAGUAAUAAAAAUAGCACCUAGGCACUGAGGGAAAUGGACAAGUUACAUUUGCUUUGGAAAGCACUGGUGUGGGUUUUCUGGCUUUUAUGUGCUUAUAUUUUGCAUUUAAUUCAUUUUUAGUGUGAGCAAGAAUGUUGUGAAAGAAGGAAUGAGCAGGAUCAAAUGAGAGGCAUAAUGUUUGUUGCUUUCUGUUUGCACGGGAAGUGAGAACAACAUCUUGUAAAGGUAUUUUUGAACUCUUCCUGUUUAAUCACUACGUACUGUGUGCCUGACUCUGCAGUCAUCCCACCUCACCCUCUGAGUUUCUCCAUGCUGAUAUUUCAACAUACUGAGACAACAUUUCACUCUAAUUUUUAUUAGAAGGGUGGGGCUGAUAACAUGUAUGGUCCUGUUUUACAGACAAAAGUGGCAAGGCAGGAGAACAGUAAAGCAAACUAAAGAGAAACCACAAGAAGGAUUUGGUGGGGUGAGGAGAGCAUGCAUAUUCUUAGGCUCUGAUUCAGCAAAGCACUUGUAUAAUGCCCAAUUGUAAGUGUGUGUUCAAGUCCCAUUGAAGUCGUGUGUGUAAGUGUUUUGCUGAACAGAUGGAUUUAAGCAUGUGCUUAAAACAGUCCAGUGUUAUUUAUUCUUUUGGUCUUAUUAUUUAAAG